UGGUACUACAAAUUACCUGUCGGCAGAGAAUCCAUGCCAUACCCACCCCACACCAAAAUUUUGACCCACACCACUGCAUUUGUCAUAUAUAUAUAUCCCUCCCUCACCCUUGUUUGGAGACAACAAAAGAACACACAUUACUAGAAAGUUAGAAAACAUGGCAGCGGUGGCCGGAGCAUCUUCGUCCGUGAUUAAGGUGGCUGCACUUUCCGGAUCUUUAAGGAAAGGCUCUUACAACAGAGCCCUCAUUCGUUCUGCUAUUGAGCUAAGCCAAGGUAGAGUUGAAGGCCUUCAAAUCGAGUACGUUGAUAUUUCGCCUUUGCCCCUUCUCAACACCGAUCUUGAGGUGAAUGGGACCUACCCCCCACAAGUUGAAGCCUUUCGCCAGAAGAUUCUCGCAGCUGAUAGUAUCCUCUUUGCUUCCCCUGAGUACAAUUACUCUGUCGCAAGUCCUUUAAAGAAUGCACUUGACUGGGCAUCAAGGGCACCAAAUGUUUGGGCUGGUAAACCUGCUGCCAUAGUGAGUGCUGGAGGAGGCUUUGGUGGUGGAAGAUCACAAUAUCAUCUACGCCAAAUUGGAGUAUUCUUGGAUCUUCAUUUCAUCAACAAACCUGAAUUCUUCCUCAAUGCAUUCCAGCCACCUGCAAAGUUUAACAAUGAUGGUGACUUGAUUGAUGAAGAUGCCAAGAAUAGGUUGAAGGAUGUCCUUCUGUCCUUGAAGGAAUUUACCCUUAGACUUCAAGGAAAAAAUUGAAACAUUUCUGAUUCCCAAAAAUUGUUAAAAUAAGCUUUGGAUUUUGGUCCAUUCCUUUUAGGAAUAAUAGUGUGAUCUGGACUGUCUCUGACUGCAUGACAACAGUAUUAUGCAGAAACAAGAGAACGUGUAUUUGUUUUUACAUUUGAAAUUUUUUGUUAUGUAUUGUCGUGUCUUGGUUUGUUUUGUUUACUUUUGGCAAUUGAGUAAAGUCCACAUGGUUUAAUUUGUGUUUAA